CUGGCUGGAUAAACUGAGUUCUGCGAAUUUCUCUAAAAAUUGCCUUCUCUCGUUGUCAGCUUGAGCUUCCCACGCAAGUCUUCUUUCCUCCUCUCUGGCCAACCUUUCCUCUUUCUCUCGCUCACGAUUUACCUUUUCCAGUUCUCUUGCUUUAAUUUCUCUCUCUCUUUCUCGCUCUCUGGCUUCCCGCUCUUCAUUCUGAAGACGAAUAAUUUUCUCCAACUGGGCCUUCUCCUCUUGUUUUCGCUGCGCCUCUUGUGCCUUUACUUGCUCUUCUAUGUCGGAUUGCUUUUUUCCAAGUGUGGCUAUUAGUUGCAUAAACUGCUCGUCUCUCUUUCGAUCCUGCUCCUCUCUAUAGAGGCGCUCUUUUUCUUCUUUUUCUGUCAUCCAUUUAAGUAUUUCUAAAACUGCUCCACUUUCCCCUCGUUCUUCGCUUGUAUGCUGGGCUUCUUCCUGCCUUUGCCCUCGUCUUCCUUCGGCUGCCAUGGUACUAUUCCAACACACCACAGUAUUUCAAACCAAAUUAAACAGUUUUUACUCCACUUACGUGAUCCUCGCCUACCGAAGUAUUUUUCCUCGGCGAUAAAUGACCCCACUUCUGGUACCAAAAUGUCGUGAACUCAAUAUUGCUUCGAACGCAACAACUACAUGAACAGUUCACGAAGCAAGAAAUAGACCUUUUUAAUUUUUACCACGCCGAAAUAAUCACUAAAAUCAUUACAACUCUACUCACUAACCACCACUAAGAAAAGAAUCCCCCUUCACGGGCACACAGCCUCUAUUUAUACUCCUACUUAUUAUUACGUAACUUUACAAAAAUACCUACCGUGAUUACAUCAUACUUGCGAGAUUACCAUCGAACGUUCCAGAAAUUUCUACGCAUACUAAUCAUACCAUGAAUUAUAAUUACAAAGCAAUGUCAGCAGGGAAUAAACAAAGGAAGUCUUAAACAAAACAACCGCAUACGUAAUGUUUCUAAAAAUUAAGUUAGUUUUCAUCACGUGUCUUCGUGGCACUCAGUGACUCCGUCACAAUAUAUAAUUUGUUUUCACAAAAAUAUAAAUCAUGUUAUGUUUCUGUUAUCUGCUAAAUAUGUACCCUAGCAUAUAUUGCUAUAUAAGUCGUCAUACAAAGUCACAUACCAUAUGUUGACGCACAUUUUAACUGUCUUCUUGUUCUGAUACAUAACGGGUAUGGCUGUUUAAUAAUUCUAGAUCAAUCGAUGUGUUUCGAAACAUCUCAAAGUGUUUUACAAGGAAAGGCAUUCGAAUUAAUUGAUAUGUUAGGUUGGAUGAAAUUUGGCUAUCUUGCCAGUGAUAGGAAUUGUAGCUCUCCUGGUGGACAUUGGAAAUCUUACUUUUUGCGUCUUUGUGAAAAAUAAUUAUGAUAAAUUAACAAAAAUAACUCCAAUUCUAGCCUAUUACAUUUCAGUAAAAUGUUAAAAGAAUGCUUGAAAAUUACGCUAUUGUUCCUUUUGCCACAUACGGUGCUUGGAAAAAGUUUCUCCAUAUCACCCCAUUUCCACCUUCAAACGGUGUUGUAUUGUGUGAUCAAUGAGCUUAGGCGAGUCCAUUGCAAUGCAGUUUGUUGUUCCUUUUUAGGAGCUUUGGUUGAGGUGAAUCGCGAGAGACCGAAGUGCUCAACAAUUAUUCUGAUCGACGUUGAUUUCAUCCUUAAUCGAAAAUUAUCUUCGGAUGUCUUUGUUUGGCUUGGAAAACGUGGAACAGAAGAACCCUUCUAUCUAAGCAAUGGCAUUGGAGUGAACAGUCAGCUUUACUAUUUGCAAAAUGACGUCAUCGUACUUGCAUAUGCAACAAAGACAAGCAUGGACCGAUUUGGGCAAGGAAUUCAUAGAUUUUUCAAGUUAAUUGAUCUCCCACCAACCAUGCCUGUUCUUCUGCAACGUUGGCUCCGACAAAAGGCAACACGAAAUUCAAAAAGCCGAUUAAACUUCAGGGAAAUUGAUAACUGGAGCUCCUGGAUAAGCGAUGUUUACAGAAGAUCUAGAAUCGAUCUUGAAAAGCUAGACAUUAAAUUGGAUAUGCCAGAUCUUGGGCUGUUUCUGUCUGCUCCUUUCAGUGAUUCAGCCGGCCUUAAAAGCUGGGCUGAAGACCUUUGGUUGCAUCACUUUCUCCCGCAAGUCGAGAGUUCUGUGGAGGAGCAGGUUGCCGAGGCAACCAAUACUCAGCAGGACUUAUUGAUCCAAGUCGCUCUAAACGCAUUCUUAGAAGGAGCUUUUUUGCCGGGCUGCCCAUGCAAAUUAGAUAUCGGUUAAGUUAGGACUAAAUUUUUAGAUAUUUUAAUCGACUCUGCUAGACAUAAUGCUGUCUGACCAGGAGGAAUGUACUCAUAUUCCAGAGAUUUUGUCAGUGGUCGAAACAGGAAGAUUUGACGAAUUUCCGUAGAUGGUUUCAUCUAAAGGAGGGACUUGAAAAUUUUUUAGAGGAAAUGACCUGUCGUUCUCUGAUUUCCCUGGUGCAAAUCAAGUCCUGUUUCGGAUGCCAACACUCUUGUUGUUCAUGUGUGUAACACCUUUUGCAAUUAGAUAUUACUUUCACAAAGUUUUUAAAGAGGCCGGAAGUUUGUCAUAAUGUGCAGGCCUAAAAGGGGACGUAUUUUCGUCAAAAUUUUCGUCGCCGAGGCACCAUCUUUUUUUACCUUGUUACCUAGCAGUCCAGCCAUAUGAUACUCUGGGUACCAGAGCCUCAAUAAACCGGGGAUAAAGUAUUGUAGACCGCUUCGGUGGCAAAGAAGGAAGCUCAAAUAAUUAUUUCUGGAACUAAUUUCGAACUACAGUAUUCUCUCCAAUUAACGGACACUCUAAAAGGCGGACACCUCUGAUUAGCGGGAAAAAAAAUUUUUCCCGAUCAUUUUCUGGUUAAAGUCUCAUAAAAAAACUUUCUAAAAAGCGGACACUUAAUUAGCGGACACUCCAAUCAACGGAUAAUAUUGUUUGCACAAAAUAAUGAAUUUGGCUUUUUUUUCCAAUUAGCAGACAGUACAAAACAUUUAGGAGCCAGCGAACAAAAAAAUAAGACAAAUGAAUAUUUUUUCAAGUAUUCCGACAUAGAGCUUGGAGCUUCCGACAGGGGGGCUAAAAUAACUAAAAUAUGCAGUUUUCGUACGUUAUUUUGUCAAAUUUGCUCCGACAAUAACCUAAAAUUGCCUCCGAUGGGGGGGGGGGCUAAGUGCCUCCAACGGAGGGGCUAUAGCCCCUCUAGCCCUCCCCUGGCGCCACCACUGAUUACACCUUUUAAAUACAAAACAAGGGUCUAUUUCAACUUUGAAACUUAUAUUGCAAAACUUUCCAAAAGGCGGACAUUUCCAAUUAGCGGACACCUUGCUCUGGUCCCGACAGUGUCCUCUAAAUAGAGAGAAUACUGUAUAUUUCUGAGACUAAAUAAUGGAGACUCUGUCGCCCAGGGUAGCCAUAUGACUGUCUACUGACAAAAAUCUCUUCAUAUCCCCCUUCAACCCUUCUUAAGAUUUAUUGAAUUACUUAUCUUCAGUUUCACUUUAAGCACUUGUUAUUAACUGCCGACUGAAUCAAAUAAAGUUUUAUCUUACUGUUCUUAUAUACAAAUUCACUUUUUUUAAAACGAAAUGUUUAGUCAAAGUUACGUUGCAAUUAGUUCUUGCAGUUAACAGCGUCAAAAGAUAUGUAAAUGAAGGAACCCUCGUUGUAAAAUAGUGCUGUACCAGAGCAUGCUACGUUUCUAGUUGAUAAGUAUGGAAAAACCACUGUCCCAGUUUUAAACUCUUUAUUAUUCAAAUCUAUUUGACACUUAAGGUGGUGGAAAGGGACACUGUGACUUCUGACAAACUCUAAAAGAACAUAUUGUACUUAACACAGAACGGCCAUUGUUGUAAUUAACGACGUCGGAGAAUUUUCAUUCCACCUCCUGUCGCACCCUUUCCCGCCCUGUUCACCAUUCUAUCGACCCGAAUCAUGUUUGCUAGUUUGGUACAUAUUUCAACAGUUUUAUUCUCACUGUUAUCUUGCCUUAAAGCACAAAAAUAAUAGGUGUUACUAAUAAUAGGUGCUAGAAGUAAGCCGUUCAUACGCUUAUCGGAAUGGAAAUAUCAUUUACAUACCAGUAGAAGCUGAAAAUCACUGUUGAAAAUUUUUUCCUUAUCAUGAAGCUAAUAGCCAUGCCCCUGGACCGUGCCGGUGUCUUCAACGACUCUAGACCUCAAAGAUAUUCAUAAAGCAAAACCUAAAUAGAUUUUCAAUGUAAAGUGAGAAACAUAUUACUUUAUCCUCGGUGAGUAUUUAUAACAAACAAAUUUAUAACAGUUGAGGUAUUUUGAUGUAUAUGGUUAAAAUUUGCCUUAUCAAUUUCAUCCAGAAAUCCUGUCGUUUUUUGACUCUCUCUUUCUCUUCUGUCGAAAACAAAAAGAAAGUUCUUAUGUUGAUGCACAAGGUAAGGUAAGAGCUGAGACAUACUUGUAAAGCUUUUCACUGCAUCGACCAGUUUCUUAAUUCUCGAAUACUGAGAAAAGGGACCUUAUUUCGAUAAGUAUUUUGACAAGAAGCUCAAGGGUAAAGGAAAGCGAAAGAAUGAAAAUUAAUCAAAAUUAUAGGUCCGUGAUUAACAGGGGGAGGGGUCAUACCCAUCAGUCUACAUUACCAUUCUUUGUCUCCCCCACCUUCAAACAUCACUUUGCCAUGCCACAUCAUUCUAAAGUACCAGGCACCGCGGAGCGUUGAGGAAAGUGGGGUGGUCUAAAGAAAGCGGGGGGGGGGGCUAAAACCGUAUAAAAAGAGUCUUUUCUGGUAGUUUGAUACUUGAUAUUUGGCAUUUUUAUUAUUUGGCAUCUUAAUAUUUGGCUAAAGCCCCCCCAGCCCUCCCUGCUCCGCGGUGCCCGAGUACCUCAGUGAAGUGAGAAGUCAUGCGAUUAGGGUCGAUGGGACGGUCUUGCUUUUAGUACAAUGUGUUUUUGCAUUUCACGGGCUACGUUAUGAAUUGAAGAUAUACGAAAACAGAACCAAGGUGCACAUACUGUGUGUUUAUCAAGUUUCAGUAAGCUUUUGCGUUUUCAGUAUUGCGUUAACAAGUUAAAUCGUCUGGCACGUGGCGAAGUAGGCCCACCACACCUUGAAUUUCUGAUGCCAUUUAAACCUGCAAGUCAAGCUCCUGUCAUCAUGGGGAUACAACCAGGAAGGUUAUUAAUGAUGCUGUUGCAAACCCUCUCUGGAAAGACUACAUAAAUGACAAGCAGGAGAAUUGAUGUUGCAAUGGAGCCUCUGUAGCAAGAAUUAUCGGCGCCGAGAUGGAGUUGUUGGGCAUUCCCUGAUUAUGAAACUUGCAUCGUGGAAGUACUUCUCUGCUGUAUUUAAGGGUAAGAAAAAGUUGGUAAUUCAGAAAAUUAUUUUGAAUAUGACUCCAAGAAAAUCAAAGUUUUCAACGGUCCGAGUGAAAGUGGAAGACAACCUCAACGUCGAUUAUUCGUUUAAAUAUGAGCAUAAAAAUAUAUGUAGGGGAGUCAAACUCUUUAACUGCGAAGAAGAACCAUAGUUAUUUUGAAAUGGGAACUCAUUGUGUUUGGCUGCGCUAAUGACUAUUUUCUCCAGGUAUUUUGCCGUCCUCGUGCCAGUUUUUGUGUUGUUUUGAGCUUGUCUUGAACUUGGUGAACAGGGUACUCUCUCUCUCGACUGGACUCUCUAGAGAAGUUGUCAAGCAAAUUCCCAUGAAAAUGCAUUUCGAAGGUUCACGCCCGAAUUUGCAAAAGUUCAUACCCGAAUUCGCAAAAGGUGACGCCACAAUUCUCAUUGUGAUCAAAAUUGAAUACAUAUUUGUUUUCACGCAAAGGGGAUUGGAUUGCACACAUACGUGCUGUUUCCCACUUUUUAAUCAGAAAUAUGGUCCUUCUAGAAAAUCCACAAAGUUAAGAAAAUAUUGCUUGAUAUCAAAUUCAAACCUUUUCGGCCGUCGUUGAUAUGAAGGGUUUGGGAGGGUGGGUUGUGCGUGGUGAAAUGGUCGAAUUCGUUUUCUUUCGAGUGGAUUGUCGACCGUUCCGUUUCAUCGUGUUUCGUGAUCUACAAUCCCGGACAAAAAUAGUUGAGACUUUUCAGGAAAACUUUAUGUUCUUGAAAAAUAACUUCCCCCAUCCCCCAAUUCAAUGUUGAAUGCAUGAUUUUGUAGCAAAAAUGAUAGAACUACAUACAAAUCCAACAUUGCUUCGGGGGAAAGGAGGGAUUCGAAUUUAGAAGGGCAAGGUGGCGUUAACUCAGUUCAGUUCAUUUCAUUUUAAAAAUACAUACAUACAAAUCUUUUAAAAUACAGCAACAGGUUACAAAAGAUGAAAUGAAUUAUAUAU